AUGAAUACCUACCCUAAAUCCAACUCAUCGAUACCUGGAUAUCUGAAGGUGUCUGCACCCACUGAUGGCAAUGUUUCUGCCAACAACUCCAACGAGACAGCAAGCCAUCUGGAUUCACCUGCCUUGGAUAUCAGCAGGGCGGUAAUUGUGGGGCUUAUCCUAGGUGCCUUCAUACUCUUCGCUAUUAUAGGUAACAUCCUGGUAAUUCUCUCUGUUGCUUGCAAUAGACAUUUAAGAAUUCCUACAAACUACUUCAUAAUUAACCUCGCAAUAGCAGAUUUGCUGCUGAGUUUUACUGUCCUUCCAUUCUCUGCUACACUGGAAAUCCUCGGCUACUGGGUUUUGGGGAGGAUAUUCUGUGAUAUCUGGGCAGCAGUUGAUGUGCUUUGCUGUACAGCUUCUAUUUUAAGUCUGUGUGCCAUUUCCAUAGACAGAUAUAUCGGGGUACGUUACUCCCUCCAGUAUCCAACCUUGGUAACGAGAAGAAGGGCAAUUUUAGCUCUCCUGGGCGUCUGGGUCCUUUCAAUGGUGAUUUCUAUCGGGCCUCUUCUGGGCUGGAAAGAACCGGCACCUAAGGACGAUAAAGAGUGCCGUAUCACUGAAGAACCAUUCUACGCUUUGUUUUCCUCCUUGGGAUCAUUUUACAUUCCUUUAAUUGUCAUCCUCGUGAUGUACUGUCGGGUCUACAUAGUGGCAAAAAGGACUACUAAAAACCUGGAAGCUGGGGUUAUGAAAGAAAUGUCCAACUCCAAGGAGCUGACUUUACGGAUUCAUUACAAGAACAUUCAUGAGGAUACAUUAAACAGCAACAAAUCCAAGGGUCACAAUCCCAGGAACUCCUUAGCUUUCAAACUCUUUAAAUUCUCUAGAGAAAAGAAGGCAGCCAAGACGUUGGGAAUUGUGGUCGGCAUGUUUAUCCUGUGCUGGCUACCCUUCUUCAUUGUUCUGCCACUAG